UUGACCUCUCCAUUUUACUUUUUCUUCCUUUUCUUUCUUCUUUCUUCUCCCUUAUUAAUUUGUUCCGUACUCAGAUUGAGAAGAGAACUUCUUUUCUUGUGUGUUCUCAUCCUCAGAUAUUCUCAGCGCUCUAACCCACCCGCUGCCCUGCCCGCCGAGAACCCCGCGACAAAGAUUGCCGAUAACAAGCGAUAAGAACCAACACGGCGACCACAAACACAACGCAGCUGGACACGAUGGGAUCGCAAACAGAGGGAGCGAAUGGCGCAAAGGUGCCCGACGUUGUUGCCAAUCUGGGCUUUGCGCCGGCCGUAAAGCUGUCGGGAGAAUGGUCCGUCAACAGAGUGCUCGAGGAGAUUCCCAGCGAGGCGCCUACCGAGGGCUCCAGCUCUCCGAUUCCCUUCUUCCACAUGCUUUCUCGACUCAAGACUACAAAGCGCGAGGGAUGGAGGCGGUUUGGAAUCGAAAGAGGCGAGUCGAUUUCUGAUCACAUGUAUCGCAUGUCUCUCAUCACCAUGUUUGCGCCUCCUGCGCUUGCCAAGAAGUUGGAUCUUCAAAAGUGUAUGAAGAUGGCGCUGAUCCACGACAUGGCCGAGCUCUUGGUCGGAGACAUUACACCAGUUGACGGCGUUCCCAAGACGGAGAAGAACCGACGCGAGGCCGAGACGAUGGACUUUUUAACCAAGAAUCUGUUGCGGAGUGUUGCUGGAGGCGAUGUUGGGGCUGAGAUCCGGGCGGUAUGGCAGGAGUACGAAGACUCCAAGACACUGGACAGCCACUUUGUACACGACGUGGACAAGAUCGAGCUGAUGCUGCAGAUGGUCGAGUACGAGAAGCAGGGCAAGGGACAUGUGGACCUGGGAGAGUUUGCAUAUGUCGCUACCAAGGUUACUCUGCCUGAGAUGAAGGAGUGGGCGGACGAGCUGCUCAAGGAGAGAGACGAGUUUUGGAAGAACAAGGAGCAUGUCCACGGCGAGAAGGGCUUGGAGGGGGGCGUGUCUGCGGAGACGAGCCGUGGGCAGGACGAGUACUAUGAGCGAAAAUGAUAUUGCGAGGCUUGGUAGUUGUUGUGUUUUUUUGGUUUAUUGUUUAAGAAGGGCGGCGAAUUCACAUUCGGGCGGGCAUAUAAUAGAGAGCUUAUAGAAUUGUGUGUAUGUGAGUGUGAGUGUGUGCUUGCAUGUGGCAUCUCUGUAGUUGGCUUUGCUUUUCAAUCACGACAUACAGGAAGCGUGAGUGAAUGAAUGAUUACCGGUAUCAAGCAAGCAAG